AUGGCCCUGGAUCGUGGUACGCCUGAAGGUGUAGAGGCCUGGCUUAUAGAAAUGUCUGCAAAACCUUGGUCGUUUCCCACAGCGGUCGGUCCAGAACUCUCGCAAGAAAUAUUACAACACAUUUGUAAUCGCUGGGAGACCUACACACCUAAUCUUAAGCUAGGAGUUUUGUUUGCUAUACUGAGCAUUAGAAAACUAUUGGUGAGCCAGAUGAAGGAUGAGUUAUCAGCGAUAAUCGAAAAAGGCACUCGAGAAAAAGAAGAUGAAUGGGUUAUUUUAAUAUCAAAAAUGUUGCGGGAGUAUCCAAGCACUACAGCACUUGAUUUGAAUAUAGAACGACACAUCCCUACUGCUGCUCAGAAUGGACUUCAGAAUUUAAUGAAUAAGAUACGGCAAAAUGGAAUCAAAUUCCAUCCGGUUGAAUAUGCAUUCAUUGAUCGCGAUAUUUGCGAUUCUUUUUCUACGCUCUCAGUAAACUCUUCUGUUACAUCAACACAUUUUGUUUUACGAGAUUCAACCGCCGCAAAUUCUGCAAAUCAAAUACGCACAACGAUUCUAAAUAAUAUGUCUGUGCCACCUUCUCCAAGUUUGACCUCACCAGUAAAUGUAUCAGGUUUCAAUUUUCCACCAGUUGGUCAAUCUCAAAAUCAGGCUUUACAUGGUCCCCCAAGCCGUUCCAACUCAAUUUCUUCCGGACAAUCACUUUUUAUUCCCUCAAAGCGCCGUCCUUCGCAGUUAACACAACCCUACUCUAAAGGUAUAAAUCCUCCAAAACCAGGUCCAAUUAACACAAGCAGAGCAGGGUCCUUACCUGGUGCAGGAACAUCUUCGCAAAGUUCAGAAUCACCUACCGAACAAAAGGUCACCAUUACCCAAGGUAAAAAAUAUCAGAAACCGUCAAGAAUUCAAAUGAUUGAUAUAUCAACUGGGUCGAAAAUUAUCAAGGAUCAGGAGGAGUCAAAGCGGCAGACACAAUUAGAUGAUGAAGUCGUUGAUGAGGAAGCAGUUUCUGAUGGAGAGAUGUCUCAUAAAAAUCCACAAACGAUUGUCGCAUCUCCCACUUCUUUAUCACCACCAGCGAAUCAAUUUAAUGAUCAAAAUAUCGAUAGCUCAACGACUAACAAUAACUUUGUACCUGAGAUUUCAACUGUAGCAGAACCACUAAGACAACCGAUGACAUCUGAUGUAACUCCUUCAGCGCAACCGUUACCAGCUUCUCAGCAGUUUGAAGAACAACCUAGGCGAAAUAUGUCUCCUUCCGAAAGACUUCUCUUCGAACGGAAUUGUGUCGCAGUAUUGACUGAAGCAAAUAAAGUUAAUGAUAAUGCCGAUUUAAGACAAAUAAUCAUUAAUUUUUUAGGCGGCGUUCAUGUGGAGAAAACUCAAGAGAAAGAAGGUGAAGGGUCUUAG